ACGCGCACCCUCUGAGAUAUUCGUGUGUCUUUCGGUCUUCGAAAAUUCAUGAAAUAAUUCUGUUCUACAGAGCUUAUCAUUAAUUCAUGACGAACUUCUUUAAAUUCAAUUACAAAUCACAGUCAAUUUCUAAAUUUUUUUGUGGAAUCUAAUUUUCUUUUCAUUUUUUUUUCACUAUUUCGACGACUGGACGAGCAAUUUGUGUUAAACCGGGACUGAUUAAUGAGUACUUAAACUACUGACGAGGAAUCAGCGAAGAUACUAACGAUAAAUACAUUCUAAAAGAAAUGCAAAUCACUGCUACAACACAAAUAAUAUAAUAUAUCCUGCGCUUUAUUAAAAAAAAAAAACUAUUUUGUUUCUCUGCUUCUUUAGAUAAGAACUGCAUAUUAAUGUAUUAAUAGCGUCAAUAAAACAAUCUUGUUUUAACAUAAAUUUUUAUGUAUUAUCUUCUCAUAAAGAAAUAUUAGGUUUCUGAAUACGUGAAAGAGAGGUGAAACGACUAAUGAAUCCAGAGAAAACAAACGCAUUCUUUUUGCAAAAGAGAGAAAAGCAAAGAUAAUUUAUAAUUUACUUAUCUAUUUUUUUAUUUGGAAAGAAAUGGCGAGGAAAAUAAAGCGAUGAACAAAAAGAAAUGGAAGACAGAAGAACUUAUUUACAGUACACUGCACUCUAUUGAUUACGUGACAAAUACCGGAAUAAGAAUGUAGAGACUGAGCAAAAAUGAACUGUUAAAAGAAAAAUGGAUCUGGAUGUUAACGGCAACAACAACAUCCAAGAAUUCUGUGAUAAUCAGUACAAACAUUUCGUUGCACCAUAUGGAGAAUUCUGGUGCAAUCCAGUAUGGGACUCGUUGCUCUGUUGGCCGCCGACAAAAGCUUCUACCACAGCAAAACAACGAUGCCCUUUUGUGGACGGAUUUGAUACGACUAAAUCCGUGGAAAAGAAAUGCGGCUACAAUGGACAUUGGGAAUCGCAGAAUGGCACAAGCACAAAAGAGUAUUUAUCCAUCGGUUGGGCGAACUAUACUACUUGCUUACCGCCAGAAAUGCUGCGGCUUCACUACAGGGUCUACAACAAUAAUGUCGAGGGCGAGAUGAAAAUGGAAAUAGCUGAGAAGACUCGUACUUUGGAGUUUGUUGGACUUAGUAUUUCCCUGGUGGCCCUGCUUGCUUCCUUGCUGAUCUUCUGUAGAUUUAGGUCAUUACGGAACACAAGGACUAGAAUCCACAAGAAUCUCUUCUCUGCUAUGGUCGUGCAGGUGCUAAUCAGGUUAAUGUUGUACAUAGACAUUGCAAUUUUUCGAAGGAAGCCGCACGGCGUACAACGAGGAAUAGGAAAUACCCCAAUACUAUGCGAAGCCGCUUACGUGCUGCUGGAAUACGUCAAGACCGCGAUGUUUAUGUGGAUGUUCAUAGAGGGUUUGUUCCUGCAUAACAUGGUGACUGUGACGGUCUUCCAAGAGACAUCUUAUUAUCGAAUAUAUCGAUUUAUUGGAUGGGGAUGCCCAGCGCUGAUGACUUUGGUUUGGGCUAUUAUUAUGGCGUUUUAUUAUCAUCCGAAAUCAAAAUUUAUCAGGUGCUGGUCAGGAUACAACUUAUCGUCCUACUUUUGGAUCCUUGAGGGGCCCAGAUUCGCGGUUAUAUUGCUCAAUUUCUUGUUUCUGCUGAACAUUAUAAGAGUGCUUGUAGCGAAGCUACGGCAAAGUCACACAAGCGAAAUUAAACAAGUUCUAAAAGCCGUGAGAGCAGCCGUGGUACUUCUACCUUUAUUAGGCAUCACUAAUGUUCUCUUUAUGAUUGAGGCUCCCUUGGAUAACGUGAACAAGUUUGCAGUGUGGUCGUAUUCGACGCAUUUUCUGCGAUCAUUUCAGGGUCUCUUUAUCGCGACCCUUUAUUGUUUCCUUAAUGGCGAGGUAAGACUUGUUUUGGAUAAAACUAUUGCCGUUUAUCUCUCUCUGAGAGGAGGCGACCUGCAGAAUAAAAGACAGUCGACUUUUAAUAGUUGUCAGCCUCAUCAAAUAACUUCAAUGGUGAUCGAGAUGGAAGAGGCAGAAACGAGAUCUGCCGGAUUAGCAAGGCUUUGCUGUCGCGGCGGAAACACCCUAUCAAAUCCGGAUCAAUCUAUCGAAACACAAGGACAAAGAGAUGGAAAGAUUGAAUGCGCAUUUCCUCGAGGUCAGUCAUCUAACAAUUGCGCGAAUUCUUCAGCAUUAUCUGAAUAAGAUAAACUUGGCGUCGCGACGCUACCGCGUCGCUUGACCUUAGAAUUGGGGAGCUGCUGAUGUCACGUUCGGAUUUCCGGGCAAAGGAAAUAAAUUUGUAUUCAUCGCAGAUCGAAACAAUGUGCAUCACACAUUGCAGUGAUUGGUAUUUUCUUGUAAGAAUUUGUCUAUACAUUGAAAAGGAAGUUUGAUAUUCAACAAGUAACGGGACUCUCAGUAUAAAGAAAUGCAAAUUCUAAGGCCUAAAUUCUUUCUCGUUAUUUAAGCCGAUGGUGCUCAAAUUUUCUCAAGUGAAUGAUGAUAUCAAAUGGAUGAGCGUGUUUAAAAAGCUUCUUUGUGAUAAUUAAAAUAAUGCAAUGUUUUGGAAAAACUUAAUAAAAAAUAUUAAUAUUGUUUAUAUUGCUAGAUAUUUAUUACACUAUCUUUAAAAUAUUUAGAGAAAAGAAAAUGGUCUAUCAAUAUGUUAUAUUGAUAGACUCCAUUUAAUUUUAACAAUGUUACUUUCUGUAUCAUUACAGAGACAAUUAUAAAAUAAGUCAUAGUUUAGGCAUCACUGAUAUAAAAACUAUAUUUUAAAU